UUUCGAGGCCCCGCCCACAAGCCUGCCCCGCCCUCUGCUCUGCAGGACCUGCACCCUCCUGAUGUCAUUAUUGGAGCUGACACCAUUGUGGCCGUGGAUGGCGUCAUCCUGGAGAAGCCAAAGGACAAGGAUGAUGCCUACAGGAUGCUGCGCAGGCUGAGUGGCCAGCAGCACAGUGUCAUCACCGGUGUGGCCAUCUUGAGGCCACUGUGGCGGAGGCAGCUUCAGGAGCCGAGUUCCACAUGCCCAGAGGCCCCAGAGGCGGAAGGGGACCCAGAAGCAGAAGUGGAAUUGUCACUGUUCCACGAAGAGACCCGUGUGACAUUCUCGCGGCUAUCGGAGCCACUGCUCUGUGAAUACGUGGAGAGCGGGGAGCCUCUGGACAAGGCUGGCGCCUACGGGCUUCAGGCGCGAGGUGGUGCCCUAGCAGAGCGCGUGGAAGGGGAUUUCUUCAAUGCCGUGGGGUUUCCACUCAACCGCUGCAUUCGUGAGCUGGCUGCCAUCUUCCCGGAUGUGGGACCACAUGUCCCUGUCAGCCAGCGUCCGGCCACACCCCAAUAAUGAGGAUUGUAGAUGGAGAAGCAAGGUUCCCUCAAGUGCAUCACUUCCCAGUGCUAGGACACAGGACAUGGGGUGAGGUGUGUGGAGGCAGGGUUAGGGGACAGGCCCACCGAGGGGAGUACACCUAAACCCGCCCCUGUGGCCCCGCCCCUCCUGAUGCCCCGCCCUCACCAUCUCCAUGGGCCCUGCCCUUGCCCCCACUGGGUCCUGCAUGAGCAGCUUCACCAUCAGAUGCCUGUGAUGGACAUUUGACAUCAGGAGCAGGGUCAGAGGAGGCCCCACCCCCUGCCCGCACUCUGAUUUGCAUAUUCAAGAGCUGCCUGGAGACUCAGAAGACAUCAAGUACAGAAACUGCUGGGGUUAAUUUGCAUGGCCACACC